AUGGCUUUCGGCGAACCGUUCGGGUGUCUCAAAGACGGUGUCUUCCAUUCAUGGGUAUCCCUCAUCACACAGACCAUCAAGGCUGGGGCGUACGAGCAGGCUACGAGGCGAAUGUUCAAGACCGGAAGUCUUCUGCAGAAGGUGCUUGUUAAUCUCAUUCCAAGUGAUCUCAGAGAGAAAAGGUUCCGCCACUUGGAGCUGAGCAGAGAAAAGUGCCUCAAGCGAAUUGACGAGGGCCUCCGGAGAGAGCACCGAGAUUUUCUAUAUUACAUUCUCCGCCAGAACGAAAAGGGCGGAGUCAGCCAGGACGAGAUCAUCCUCAACAGCGCCCUGUUCAUAGUUGCUGGUUCCGAGACCACAGCUUCUCUUCUCUCGGGCCUGACGAUGUGGCUUAUGCGCACCCCACACGUGUAUAAGAGACUCACGGAAGAGAUACGAUCCAGUUUUGCAUCUGCCGAAGACAUGAAGUUCCUGGAUCUUCAGAAACUUCCUUACAUGAAUGCGUGUAUUGACGAGGCGUUGCGCAUCUUUCCACCUGUGCCGACGGGUCUCACGCGUACUGUGCCGGAGCACGGCGACACCGUUGCCAACCAGUUCCUUCCUGGCGGAACUACGGUAUCUGUAUACAGCUGGGCAGCGACUCACUCGCCCUACAACUUCUCCCGCCCCAAUGACUUCGUUCCGGAGAGAUGGAUAGAGUCUGCUUUUGCUAGUGAGAACAAGGAAUCCAGUCAGCCAUUUUCUCUCGGCCCACGAGGAUGCAUAGGCAGACAUCUGAGCUACCUGGAGCUCAGGCUGAUACUCGCGAACUUGCUGUGGCACUACGAUAUCCAGCGUGCGCCUGUUCCCUUGGGAGAAGAAGACAUGUGGGACGCAGAUGGGGAUUUAAAACAUGUGAAGGCUUUCAACACAUGGAAUAAGCCCCCUCUUAUGUGCACACUGACCCUUGCACAGAGGUAG